AUGGCAUAUUAUGCGAUUGCCCACGGACGCAAUCCCGGAAUUCUGGAAGAACUGGUUCAUUGGAAGAGAUCCAAGAAUUCCAGGGUGCUUGCCAACACCCAAAAAUCUCUGCUCACACUCAACGGUGCGGACAGGGAAGAUAACUGCGGGAGCGCCAUAGUUCACAGUCACGAUGGGAAACAAGAAGUGGACACUAACAUCGCACUCGCCGAGAAAGCCGCAGACGUCGAUAUUCCUCCUCUCCAACAUGCCAUCUGCCAAAGUGAGUUGGGUGGCAGAGACAGAGGCCCGCUAUGCGAACUUGAGCAGUCCGCUAUGGUUGUUGAUGUGCCACCAGGCUCUCCUGGACAGGAUCCUCGUGGGAGUGAGAAAAAACAGGACCAUCCAUAUCUGGAAGUCAUCAUCCCUCAGUUACCACCAAAGGCGAAUAGCAAGAAGCGACAUGUUUCAGACCCCACUGCUAGCUCUGCCGGCAAGAGCACCGAGUACAAUAUCAUUGAGGCCCCGGACGACGUCCGACCACGUCCGACCACUGGUGAACGGUGUGAGUUUGCCCGUUGA